ACACCUGAUCUCUGACACUUUCUUUCUAUUUGGUUAAAUGGAUGUUCGUUAAUAAUUGUUCGUUAAUAAUGUAUUCACAUUAACUAAUCACUGAAACUCGGUAAUACAAGCUAUUGUCUUAAAUUGGAUAUUGAUCUUAAUGCUUCUGUAACUAAAGACUAAUUUCGAUGAAGAUUCUAGAAACCUAAAAUGAACAUUUUUAGUUCUCUUACAGAUCUGAUAUUUCAAUUAUUUUCCUUCCUAAAUUUUUAUACUAUUCAUAUCGGUUUAUAAAAAUACCUAUAAUAAAAUACCUGGCAUUAAUUGCUUAGUAACUAAUAAAUUAUUAUUAUUUAUUUUGUAACAUUGUCUACAAGAUACCAUGGAAACUGUUGGCUAUUGAUCAAUUUAAUUGUAGACUUGCAUCUUGGUUUUUAUUAAUACUGAAUAGUUGUUGAUUAUAACACUUUGAUUUAAUUGAUCUUGAUUUUCAACUAUUAUUGAUUGGAAAGAAUGUCAUUACCAAUGCACAAUCUGUCACAUCUUGCUCAAAGUUCUCUUCUUAUUGUGCCUCCUAAACCUCCUAGAUACACUUUAGACCAAUGGUUUACGUCUCGCAAUGAAAGAUUUCGAUUUAUGGAUGACCAGCACCGAUUAGCUGACCGUUUAAUGCUUAAGGCUGAACGAAUUAUUGAGGAUACUGCGGAUGAGACCCUAAAAAACCGCAGGGAAGUUGAUCACCAAUUAGAAGUUAAAGUGAAAGACAUUGAAUUUCAAAAAGGAAUUCUUGAACAGCAAAAAAAAGACAUGGAAAAAGAAAUAGAAGCACUUACAACUUAUCAAGAUAGGAUUCAAAACUGUCAAAAGACUUUAACUGCAAAUUCUCUUGGAAUAUGCCAGAAAUGUGUUAUUUUGAGAGAAGCUCGUUUGAGUUUUGAUCUUUGCCAUGAUGAAGUAGAAACAGAAUUGAUUAGGGAAAUGCAAUUAAUGGAGGGGGUGCAAAGCAUGAUCAUUAGGCUACUUGAGCAAGUAAAAGAACAGAUCAGGAGACUGAGAGCAAUGAAUUAUACUUUGAAAAUUGAUUUAGAAGAUAAAGCAAAUGUUUUGUUCAUAGACCAACAUAAUGCCAGGCUUAAGGAAACUGAUUUGAACUUAUCAAUUUACCAUGGAAAAGCUCCAUUAAAUCCAGCGACUAUUACCCAGGAAGAAUGGAUUGCUCAAACUCAAAGAAAUAUUGAUUCAGCAGCAAAAGAAUUACUUGUUGGCAAACCAUUAAGAGCAUAUGUUGACACUCUUCUUAACCAAAUGGUUGAAGAUUUAAGAAAUCAAUAUGAUACUGUUAAUAAAGCUUUUAUGGGAAGAAUUAGUGAAUACAAAGAGACCAAAACGAAAUUAGAGAAUCAGCAUUUCGAGACUGUACGUCAAGUUAAUGAAAUGCAACAAACCAUUUACAACCUCCAAACUGCACUUGCGCAAAAAGAAGGAUUUAUGGGAUUAGCUCAUACCCGACUAGGAAACAGAUGUCAGAGGGCUAAUGCUGAGCUUUGCAGAGAUGAAGCUGAAAUAUACUUAGUAAACGAGGUUGCAACAAUCCAACAGUCGGUAACGGAAUUACAAAAGAUGUUGUUGGAGGCUCAAGCUUCGUUGAGAUAUUUACUACGACUUCAGAUCCAGUUGGAAGAAGAGAUCAAUAUUAAAGUAAAUUCACUAAAAAUCGAUGAGAAAAUUACCAAUGAGACUCUCCUAGAAGAAAGAAGUCAGAGGCAAGCUCGUGUAAUAUGUAAAAUGGUUGACAAAGUUGAUAUGAGUUUAGAUGACAUAAUAAAACAGAAUAAAAUUAAGUUCCCUACUCGUAGGGCGCGCGGUAGUAGUGGUAAUCGGGGUUCUUUUGCACGAGGAGGCAGGGGCCGGCCUAGCAGAGUUUCUGGAGGAGGUGGAGGUGCAAUACGUAGAAGAAACACUUUUGGAAACGUAAGGUCGACGCCGUACCAAAGGGGAGGAGACAUAAAUGGCAGGUGGCAACAUGACAUGUUUAAUGACAAUUUUAGGAUUCGUGGUGGUGGCGGCGGCGGCGGCGGUGGUGGUGGUGGUCUUGCAAAAUUACUUGUUUCGAAUUUGGAUUUUGGUGUUUCAAAUUCAGAUAUCCAGGAACUUUUUGCUGAAUUCGGGCAACUUAGAUCUGCUACAGUGCACUAUGAUAAAUCAGGCAGAUCUUUAGGAACAGCCGAUGUAGUUUUUGAGAGGCGGGCAGAUGCUGUUAAAGCCAUGACACAGUAUAAUGGUGUUCCCCUUGACGGUCGACCUAUGAAGAUACAAUUGGCGACAUCUGAUGUUUCUUCUGUACUUGGUCUUCCCAGAAGUGGUGGCAGGCGGCAGAAUCCUGUGCGAAGAGGCCUUAGUAGAGGUGGAAGAGGUGGCAAUAGAAGAGGACGCGGAGGUGGAAGAGGUACUGUAGCCACAGCAGAACAACUAGAUGCUGAACUUGAUGCCUACGUCAACAAAGUCAAAUAGUAGGCAGCUCCAUCUGUUAUCAUUGUUUAAAAUUUUAACAGUCUUGUUAAAGACCAUUAUUCUCUUAACUAUCCUUUGAUUUCAUUUUUUUUUUUUUUUUUUUUUU